UGCUGGUUUGCAGCGCUCGGCCCCUGCGCCUUCGCUUCGCGUUUGAAUCUGGCUCGCCCCUCCGUAUUAUGUCUGCACUCCGAAGGAAAUUUGGGGACGAUUACCAGGUAGUGACCACCUCGUCCAGCGGGUCGGGCUUGCAGCCCCAGGGGCCGGGCCAGGGCCCGCAGCAGCAGCUUGUGCCCAAGAAGAAGCGGCAGCGGUUCGUGGACAAGAACGGCCGGUGCAAUGUGCAGCACGGCAACCUGGGCAGCGAGACGAGCCGCUACCUCUCGGACCUCUUCACCACCCUGGUGGACCUCAAGUGGCGCUGGAACCUCUUCAUCUUCAUCCUCACCUACACCGUGGCCUGGCUCUUCAUGGCGUCCAUGUGGUGGGUGAUCGCCUACACUCGGGGCGACCUGAACAAAGCCCACGUCGGCAACUACACGCCCUGCGUGGCCAAUGUCUACAACUUCCCCUCCGCCUUCCUCUUCUUCAUCGAGACCGAGGCUACCAUCGGCUAUGGCUACCGCUACAUCACCGACAAGUGCCCCGAGGGCAUCAUCCUCUUCCUCUUCCAGUCCAUUCUGGGCUCCAUCGUGGACGCCUUCCUCAUCGGCUGCAUGUUCAUCAAGAUGUCCCAGCCCAAGAAGCGCGCGGAGACCCUGAUGUUUAGCGAGCACGCGGUGAUCUCCAUGAGGGACGGAAAACUCACGCUCAUGUUCCGGGUGGGCAACCUGCGCAACAGCCACAUGGUCUCCGCGCAGAUCCGCUGUAAGCUGCUCAAAUCUCGGCAGACACCUGAGGGUGAGUUCCUUCCCCUUGACCAACUUGAACUGGAUGUAGGUUUUAGUACAGGGGCAGAUCAACUUUUUCUUGUUUCCCCCCUCACAAUUUGCCACGUGAUCGAUGCCAAAAGCCCCUUUUAUGACCUAUCCCAGCGAAGCAUGCAAAGUGAACAGUUCGAGAUUGUCGUCAUCCUAGAAGGCAUUGUGGAAACAACUGGGAUGACUUGUCAAGCUCGAACAUCUUACACUGAAGAUGAAGUUCUUUGGGGCCAUCGUUUUUUUCCCGUGAUUUCCUUAGAAGAAGGGUUCUUUAAAGUUGAUUACUCCCAGUUUCACGCAACAUUUGAAGUCCCCACGCCACCUUAUAGCGUGAAAGAACAGGAGGAAAUGCUGCUUAUGUCGUCCCCUUUGAUAGCACCAGCCAUUACUAACAGCAAAGAAAGACACAAUUCUGUGGAAUGCUUAGAUGGACUCGACGACAUGACUACAAAGCUUCCGUCUAAGCUGCAGAAAAUUACUGGAAGAGAAGACUUUCCCAAAAAACUCUUGAGGAUGAGUUCUACAACUUCAGAAAAAGCCUACAGCUUGGGAGAUUUGCCCAUGAAACUUCAACGAAUAAGUUCAGUUCCUGGCAACUCAGAAGAAAAACUGGUAUCUAAAACCACCAAGAUGUUGUCUGAUCCCAUGAGCCAGUCAGUGGCUGAUUUGCCACCAAAGCUUCAAAAAAUGGCGGGAGGAGCAGCCAGGAUGGAAGGGAAUCUCCCAGCCAAAUUAAGAAAAAUGAACUCUGAUCGAUUCACAUAACAAAACACCCCCGUAGGCAUUAUUUAUUGUUUGAUUUAGUAAUAGUCCAAUAUUUGGCUGAUGAGGUAAUCCUCGAAGGAAUCUGAAAGGUACAUUUUUCCCCAGUCAUAUAUGCAUAUUUGAGAACCCUUUCUUCCCAAGUAUUGCCACUGUGCAGAAAGCAAAAGUUGUGUAAAGGGAGGACACCGUAAGAAAGUUCUUAUUAACGGGCAUGUAUUAUCACAUCAAGCAUGCAAUAAUGUGCAAAUUUUGCAUUUAGUUUUAUGGCAUGAUUUAUAUAUGGUAUAUUUAUAUUGUAUAUUCUGGAAAAAUAUAUAUAUAUAUAUUUAAAGAGGUGGUACUCUUCACGACAUUUCUAACAUAUGUAUUAAACCAAACAUGAGUGGAUAGCUUUCAGGGCGAUAAAACUAUAUAUAUGUGUGU